UCCUCUUGAGCUAAACAACUCGCAGCAUCUAACAGACUGCAUUUCCCGAAAUGCAGCGUGUUGUAAUGUCCAUGAUGGCCGAAUGGUGUAAACCCGCAGAAAGCGUGAGAGGAGUGCUGUUAGAUAUUAGUGGGGUUCUGUAUGACAGUGGGCAAGGAGGAGGGAUUCCCAUUGCCGGCUCAACAGAAGCGGUCAGAAGAAUCAAAGAGGCCGAUUUAAAGGUGCGUUUUUGCACCAACGAAACGCAGGCCACCCGGGAGACGUUUGUGGCAAAGUUGCAAAACCUGGGGUUUGAUAUCACUUUCGGUGAAGUCUUCGCUCCUGCCCCCGCUGCUUGUCAAAUUUUGAAGGAACGUGGACUUAGACCACACCUCCUUGUGCAUGAUGGUCUUCUGCCAGAGUUUAACCACAUUGACCAAUCUAAUCCCAACUGUGUUGUGAUUGGAGAUGCUGCAGAUAAUUUUUCUUACAAGAACCUGAAUGAGGCUUUUCAAGUUCUGAUAGGACUGGAAAAGCCUGUGCUGCUAUCUCUUGGCAGAGGGCGAUAUUAUAAAGAAACUGAUGGAAUGAAACUCGAUGUUGGAGCUUACAUGAAGGCAUUGGAGUAUGCCUGUGAUAUCGAAGCCGAAGUGAUAGGAAAACCAGCAAAAAUGUUUUUCCUUUCAGCUUUAUCUGACAUGAGCUUAGAGCCAGAUCAGGUCAUCAUGAUUGGAGAUGAUAUUGUGAAUGAUGUAGGUGGAGCCCAGCAGUGUGGUAUGAAGGCUGUCCAAGUAAGGACAGGGAAGUACAGAAAGAAUUGCAGAUGUUGUAAACCAGGAACGAAAACAGAAGUUGCUGGAAAAGCUCAGCAGGUCUGGCAGCAUCUGUGAAGAAAAAUCAGAGUUAACGUUUCAGGUCCGGUGCCCCUUCCUGUGAUGACCCUGUGACGAACAGCACCCAACAGUGAAGGCAGAUGGGUAUGUGGACAAUUUGGCACAAGCAGUCAAAAUCCUUCUUGAACAUUUACACUAGCAACUUGAAUACUGGUAUCCAAGAAACAUCUGACAAUGAACAAAGAAUGUGAAGUCAUUAAAAAUUUACAAAUUCAUUGCCCUUUGGCUGUUCAGAUAGGGAGCAACCCUUAAAAGUUCAGGCCCUCACAGAAUUAGCAUUGUUCUGAAUUGGGUAAUUGUCGCAAAGCAGUAAAUAUCAGAUUAAAGAAUUGUAAGAAGCUGUUUUUGACUGCCUGAAUGCUGUACUUAUAUAUACUUAUGUAGACUCUGAUGAACCUAUGUCAUCUAUGAAUCAUACUGCAAAACCUUAAAUAAACAUAAUUUAAUCUAAGAUUCAAGUUUUUCAUUUCGACAAAAAUGUCUAAUAAACCGAUAUUGUCAUUUGCCAUUAUCAGAACAGAGAGUAAAAUGUAAUGAAAAAGUUAUAUUCAAGAUUUCUGUUUUACUGUAACUGAGUUUGACUUGUGCCCAGCUCGUUGGGAGAACUAUAUUCCCUCUUUAAAGGUGCAUAUGUGAUAGGAAAAAGAAGCUCCAACUCAGUUUUAGAAUCUAACAACCAGAGAACACAUAAAUCACAAAAGCAAAUUUGCCAGACCAAAGGAAGCCCAUGUUAGCGGCUAGCAUA